ACUUUGUAUAAGCCCAUAACUGCUUUGGCUUUGCAUUACGGUGGUGUGUCGUUUUUUUUUAAGAGACCGCAGUUUUCUCAUUGCCGGUGGAGUUUUUCCUCUGGACAUCAUUGGAAGUGACUCCUUGGAGGCGACUCCAAGCACAAUCUGAUGAUAGAAAAUUCCUAGGAGAGUUUAUGAUUAAACAUACAUGUAUAAAAAUACUGCGAAAUACUGCAAGCCAACAUGUCCAGCGACCGAGGCCUAGGGCUUCUUAAAGGGCGGCACGGUCUCCUGUGUAUUUUCUUUUCUUCCAUGAUUAUUUCCACUCAACAGCAUGGAUAUGGUGGUACUGACAAUGAGAAUCCAGUCAUCAGUGGAUGCCCGACCGAUCAGAGUGUCAACACAGACAGUGGCAGGGCUACAGCAGUAGUAAAAUGGACACCACCUACAGCAACAGAUAACUCUGGUAACCAGACGCUGACAUCUUCGCACAAUCGUGGAGAUCUCUUUCCUAUUGGAAACACCACAGUGACCUACACAUCAACAGAUGCUGCAGGAAAUAUAGAUAUAUGUACCUUCCUUAUAACUGUGGCUGACAAUGAGAAUCCAGUCAUCAGUGGAUGCCCGACCGAUCAGAGUGUCAACACAGACAGUGGCAGGGCUACAGCAGUAGUAAAAUGGACAUCACCUACAGCAACAGAUAACUCUGGUAACCAGACGCUGACAUCUUCGCACAAUCGUGGAGAUCUCUUUCCUAUUGGAAACACCACAGUGACCUACACAUCAACAGAUGCUGCAGGAAAUAUAGAUAUAUGUACCUUCCUUAUAACUGUGGCUGACAAUGAGAAUCCAGUCAUCAGUGGAUGCCCGACCGAUCAGAGUGUCAACACAGACAGUGGCAGGGCUACAGCAGUAGUAAAAUGGACAUCACCUACAGCAACAGAUAACUCUGGUAACCAGACGCUGACAUCUUCGCACAAUCGUGGAGAUCUCUUUCCUAUUGGAAACACCACAGUGACCUACACAUCAACAGAUGCUGCAGGAAAUAUAGAUAUAUGUACCUUCCUUAUAACUGUGGCUGACAAUGAGAAUCCAGUCAUCAGUGGAUGCCCGACCGAUCAGAGUGUCAACACAGACAGUGGCAGGGCUACAGCAGUAGUAAAAUGGACACCACCUACAGCAACAGAUAACUCUGGUAACCAGACGCUGACAUCUUCGCACAAUCGUGGAGAUCUCUUUCCUAUUGGAAACACCACAGUGACCUACACAUCAACAGAUGCUGCAGGAAAUAUAGAUAUAUGUACCUUCCUUAUAACUGUGGCUGACAAUGAGAAUCCAGUCAUCAGUGGAUGCCCGACCGAUCAGAGUGUCAACACAGACAGUGGCAGGGCUACAGCAGUAGUAAAAUGGACACCACCUACAGCAACAGAUAACUCUGGUAACCAGACGCUGACAUCUUCGCACAAUCGUGGAGAUCUCUUUCCUAUUGGAAACACCACAGUGACCUACACAUCAACAGAUGCUGCAGGAAAUAUAGAUAUAUGUACCUUCCUUAUAACUGUGGCUGACAAUGAGAAUCCAGUCAUCAGUGGGUGCCCAAGUGAUCAGAAUGUCAACACAGACAGUGGUAAUGCUACAGCAGUAGUAAGCUGGACCCCACCUACAGCAACAGAUAACUCUGGUAACCAGACACUGACAUCCACUGACAAUCCUGGAGACUACUUUCCUAUUGGAAACACCACAGUGAACUACACAUCAACAGAUGCAGCAGGAAAUAUGGAAAUAUGUACCUUCAUUAUAACUGUGGCUGACAUUGAAGACCCAGUUCUAAGUGGAUGUUUUUCCUUGCUCACCUUAAAUGCGCUUCCCGGUGUGCCUUUUGCUAUUGUGAAUUGGGUUGAUCCAACAGCCACCGACAACUCUGGGUUGGUUACUGUAACAGGCACCCAUUCUUCAGGGAACAGGUAUAACAUCGGCGAAACAAUGGUCACAUUUACAGCAGCAGACGAUUCUGGGAAUGAGGACAUGUGUACAUUUACAAUUGAAGUAGUUGAUGUCGAAGGUCCCAUCCUUAUGGGCUGUAUGUCAUCUGAUGUUGUUACCAACACCACAACCGGACUGCCAGUGGCCCUGGUCAAUUAUGGUGUUCCAACAGCUACAGAUAACUCUGGGGCAAUCACUGCAAACUUGACUUCAGGUCUUCCCCCAGGAAACUUUUCUCUUGGUAACACUUUGGUCAUGUAUACAGCAGCUGAUCCAUCUGGGAACAGUGUAUCAUGCUCUUUCUAUGUCAAUGUGUCCGAUGUGGAAAAUCCCGUAUUCACCUCCUGCCCCAGUAGUCAGACUGUGGGCACUGACUUCAGAGGUGACACGGCUAUGCUCAAUUGGACCGUAACGGUUACCGAUAAUGAUGCGGCUGUUCUCACCUCGGACUACAAUACAUCAUAUGUUUUCCCACUCGGAAAAACGACAGUGACUUAUAAUGCCACUGAUAACUCUUCAAACUCAGCGAUGUGUGUUUUCACCUUUACAGUGGAAGAUCAAGAAGCCCCUUACUACACGACAAUGGUGAGCACAUGCCCAACGGAUGUGGUCAAUAUCACAGUCACUGAUCUAAACUACCGCAACAUAAGCUGGAUUGUACCACAAGUCCAAGAUAAUGUGGACCCAACUGUAAAUCUCACCGGAGUCUCGGAGAGCCACUCGCCAGGAUCCCAGUUCUUUGCCGGCACAACCACUGUCAUUUACCAAGCCACAGACCUCUCUGGAAAUACGGGCAAUUGUACUUUUCAGAUAACAAUCAAUGAUGAACAGGUUCCAGAUCUCACAGGUUGUCCCUCCGACAUGAACGCUACUACAGACCCUGGUGUAUCUUAUGCUACUACUGUGAACUGGACGGCACCUGUAUUCACAGAUAACGUAGACAUCAUCAAUGCUACAUCAUCACAUUCUCCUUUAGAUAAGUUUAUCAUCGGAGUCACAGAGGUGUCUUAUAAUGGAAGUGACAGUGCAGGAAAUGUUGCCUCUUGCACCUUUAUUAUCACAGUGUCUGACAAUGAGAAUCCAGUCAUCGGAGGAUGCCCAAGUGACCAGAGUGUAAACACAGACAGUGGUAAUGCUACAGCUGUAGUUACCUGGAUGCUGCCAGCAGCAACAGAUAACUCUGGUAGCCAGAUGCUGACAUCCACUGACAAUCCUGAAGAUUCCUUUCCUAUUGGUAACAACACAGUGACCUACACAUCAACAGAUGCAGCUGGAUACACAGACAAUUGCACCUUCUAUAUAGUUGUCAACGACAAUGAGAAUCCAGUCAUCGGUGGAUGCCCAAGUGACCAGAGUGUAAACACGAACAGUGGCAGGGCUACAGCAGUAGUAAAAUGGACAACACCUACAGCAACAGAUAACUCUGGUAACCAGACGCUGACAUCCACUGACAAUCCUGGAGAUUCCUUUCCUAUUGGAAACAACACAGUGACCUACACAUCAACAGAUGCAGCAGGAAAUACAGACACAUGCACCUUUUAUAUAUCUGUGACUGACAAUGAGAAUCCAGUCAUCGGAGGAUGCCCAAGUGACCAGAGUGUAAACACAGACAGUGGUAAUGCUACAGCAGUAGUUACCUGGAUGCUGCCACCAGCAACAGAUAACUCUGGUAGCCAGAUGCUGACAUCCACUGACAAUUCUGGAGAUUCCUUUCCUAUUGGAAACAACACAGUGACCUACACAUCAACAGAUGCAGCAGGAAAUACAGACACAUGUACCUUUUAUAUAUUUGUGAUUGACAAUGAGAAUGCAGUCUUCAGUGGAUGCCCAGGUGAUCAGAAUGUCAACACAGACAGUGGCAGGGCUACAGCAGUAGUAAAAUGGACACCACCUACAGCAACAGAUAACUCUGGUAACCAGACGCUGACAUCUUCGCACAAUCCUGGAGACUACUUUCCUCUUGGAAAUACAACAGUGAACUACACAUCAACAGAUACUGCAGGAAAUAUAGAAAUGUGUACCUUUCUUAUAACUGUGGCUGAUAAUGAAGUCCCGUUGAUAUCUGGAUGCAUUAGCACUCUCACUUCGAACGCGCUGCCUGGUCAGGCCUUUGACAACUUAAACUGGGUCGAACCAACAGCCACCGACAACGCUGGGCAGGUCAAUAUGACGGGCACUCAUGUUCCAGGGGCCAUGUAUUACAUCGGAGACACAACGGUCACAUUCACAGCUGUAGAUGAUUCUGGGAACAUCGCAAUGUGUAUCUUUGUUAUUACAAUACUUGAUAUGGAAGAUCCAGUCCUUAUGGGCUGUAUGUCAUCUGAUAUUGUUACCAACACCACAACCGGGCAGCCAGUGGCCCUGGUCAAUUAUGGUGUUCCAACAGCUACAGAUAACUCUGGGGCAAUCACUGCAAACUUGACUUCAGGUCUUCCCCCAGGAAACUUUUCUAUUGGUAACACCUUGGUCAUGUAUACAGCAGCUGAUCCAUCUGGGAACAGCGUAUCAUGUAAUUCCUUCUAUGUCAAUGUGUCUGAUGUGGAAGCACCAGUCCUGGUUUGCCCCAGCAACAUCGUUAACAACACAGAACCUGGCUUGAACACUGCAAAUGUGACCUGGUCGGAGCCGACAUAUACUGAUAACUCUGGCCGGGUGAGGGUUUCUCCCGAUUAUCCCUCUGGGGCUACGUUUGGCAUAAUCACGGCCACCGUGGUUACAUACACUGCUGUGGAUGAUUCAGGAAACAUGGCAACAUGUUCCUUCAAUGUGACAGUGAUUGACAAUGAGAAUCCAGUCAUCAGUGGAUGCCCAAGUGAUCAGAAUGUCAACACAGACAAUGGUAAUGCCACAGCUGUAAUAACCUGGAUGCCGCCAACAGCAUCAGAUAACUCUGGUAACCAGACACUGACAUCCUCCCACAAUCCUGGAGAUCCCUUUCCUAUUGGAAACACCACAGUGAAAUACAAAUCAACAGAUGCUGCUGGAAAAACAGACACAUGUAUUUUCUUUGUGGUCGUAACAGACAAUGAGAAUCCAGUCAUCAGUGGAUGCCCGACCGAUCAGAGUGUCAACACAGACAGUGGCAGGGCUACAGCAGUAGUAAAAUGGACACCACCUACAGCAACAGAUAACUCUGGUAACCAGACGCUGACAUCCACUGACAAUCCUGGAGAUUCCUUUCCUAUUGGAAACAACACAGUGACCUACACAUCAAAAGAUGCAGCAGGAAAUACAGACACAUGUACCUUUUAUAUAUCUGUGACUGACAAUGAGAAUCCAGUCAUCAGUGGAUGCCCAAGUGAUCAGAAUGUCAACACAGACAAUGGUAAUGCCACAGCUGUAGUAACCUGGAUGCCGCCAACAGCAUCAGAUAACUCGGGUAACCAGACACUGACAUCCUCCCACAAUCCUGAAGAUCCCUUUCCUAUUGGAAACACCACAGUGAAAUACACAUCAACAGAUGCUGCUGGAAAUACAGACACAUGUAUUUUCUUUGUGAUCGUAACAGACAAUGAGAAUCCAGUCAUCAGAGGAUGCCCGACCGAUCAGAGUGUCAACACAGACCGUGGUAAUGCUACAGCUGUAGUAACCUACACUACACCUACAGCAACAGAUAACUCUGGUAACAUGACCCUGACAUCCACUAACAAUCCUGGAGAUUCCUUUCCUAUUGGAAACAACACAGUGACCUACACAUCAACAGAUGCAGUAGGAAAUACAGACACAUGCACCUUUUAUAUAUCUGUGACUGACAAUGAGAAUCCAGUCAUCAGUGGAUGCCCAAGUGAUCAGAAUGUCAACACAGACAAUGGUAAUGCCACAGCUGUAAUAACCUGGAUGCCGCCAACAGCAUCAGAUAACUCUGGUAACCAGACACUGACAUCCUCCCACAAUCCUGGAGAUCCCUUUCCUAUUGGAAACACCACAGUGAAAUACACAUCAACAGAUGCUGCUGGAAAAACAGACACAUGUAUUUUCUUUGUGGUCGUAACAGACAAUGAGAAUCCAGUCAUCAGUGGAUGCCCGACCGAUCAGAGUGUCAACACAGACAGUGGCAGGGCUACAGCAGUAGUAAAAUGGACACCACCUACAGCAACAGAUAACUCUGGUAACCAGACGCUGACAUCCACUGACAAUCCUGGAGAUUCCUUUCCUAUUGGAAACAACACAGUGACCUACACAUCAAAAGAUGCAGCAGGAAAUACAGACACAUGUACCUUUUAUAUAUCUGUGACUGACAAUGAGAAUCCAGUCAUCAGUGGAUGCCCAAGUGAUCAGAAUGUCAACACAGACAAUGGUAAUGCCACAGCUGUAGUAACCUGGAUGCCGCCAACAGCAUCAGAUAACUCGGGUAACCAGACACUGACAUCCUCCCACAAUCCUGAAGAUCCCUUUCCUAUUGGAAACACCACAGUGAAAUACACAUCAACAGAUGCUGCUGGAAAUACAGACACAUGUAUUUUCUUUGUGAUCGUAACAGACAAUGAGAAUCCAGUCAUCAGAGGAUGCCCGACCGAUCAGAGUGUCAACACAGACCGUGGUAAUGCUACAGCUGUAGUAACCUACACUACACCUACAGCAACAGAUAACUCUGGUAACAUGACCCUGACAUCCACUAACAAUCCUGGAGAUUCCUUUCCUAUUGGAAACAACACAGUGACCUACACAUCAACAGAUGCAGUAGGAAAUACAGACACAUGCACCUUUUAUAUAUCUGUGACUGACAAUGAGAAUCCAGUCAUCAGUGGAUGCCCAAGUGAUCAGAAUGUCAACACAGACAAUGGUAAUGCCACAGCUGUAAUAACCUGGAUGCCGCCAACAGCAUCAGAUAACUCUGGUAACCAGACACUGACAUCCUCCCACAAUCCUGGAGAUCCCUUUCCUAUUGGAAACACCACAGUGAAAUACACAUCAACAGAUGCUGCUGGAAAAACAGACACAUGUAUUUUCUUUGUGGUCGUAACAGACAAUGAGAAUCCAGUCAUCAGUGGAUGCCCGACCGAUCAGAGUGUCAACACAGACAGUGGCAGGGCUACAGCAGUAGUAAAAUGGACACCACCUACAGCAACAGAUAACUCUGGUAACCAGACGCUGACAUCCACUGACAAUCCUGGAGAUUCCUUUCCUAUUGGAAACAACACAGUGACCUACACAUCAAAAGAUGCAGCAGGAAAUACAGACACAUGUACCUUUUAUAUAUCUGUGACUGACAAUGAGAAUCCAGUCAUCAGUGGAUGCCCAAGUGAUCAGAAUGUCAACACAGACAAUGGUAAUGCCACAGCUGUAGUAACCUGGAUGCCGCCAACAGCAUCAGAUAACUCGGGUAACCAGACACUGACAUCCUCCCACAAUCCUGAAGAUCCCUUUCCUAUUGGAAACACCACAGUGAAAUACACAUCAACAGAUGCUGCUGGAAAUACAGACACAUGUAUUUUCUUUGUGAUCGUAACAGACAAUGAGAAUCCAGUCAUCAGAGGAUGCCCGACCGAUCAGAGUGUCAACAUAGACCGUGGUAAUGCUACAGCUGUAGUAACCUACACUACACCUACAGCAACAGAUAACUCUGGUAACAUGACCCUGACAUCCACUAACAAUCCUGGAGAUUCCUUUCCUAUUGGAAACAACACAGUGACCUACACAUCAACAGAUGCAGUAGGAAAUACAGACACAUGCACCUUUUAUAUAUCUGUGACUGACAAUGAGAAUCCAGUCAUCAGUGGAUGCCCAAGUGAUCAGAAUGUCAACACAGACAAUGGUAAUGCCACAGCUGUAAUAACCUGGAUGCCGCCAACAGCAUCAGAUAACUCUGGUAACCAGACACUGACAUCCUCCCACAAUCCUGGAGAUCCCUUUCCUAUUGGAAACACCACAGUGAAAUACACAUCAACAGAUGCUGCUGGAAAAACAGACACAUGUAUUUUCUUUGUGGUCGUAACAGACAAUGAGAAUCCAGUCAUCAGUGGAUGCCCGACCGAUCAGAGUGUCAACACAGACAGUGGCAGGGCUACAGCAGUAGUAAAAUGGACACCACCUACAGCAACAGAUAACUCUGGUAACCAGACGCUGACAUCCACUGACAAUCCUGGAGAUUCCUUUCCUAUUGGAAACAACACAGUGACCUACACAUCAAAAGAUGCAGCAGGAAAUACAGACACAUGUACCUUUUAUAUAUCUGUGACUGACAAUGAGAAUCCAGUCAUCAGUGGAUGCCCAAGUGAUCAGAAUGUCAACACAGACAAUGGUAAUGCCACAGCUGUAGUAACCUGGAUGCCGCCAACAGCAUCAGAUAACUCGGGUAACCAGACACUGACAUCCUCCCACAAUCCUGAAGAUCCCUUUCCUAUUGGAAACACCACAGUGAAAUACACAUCAACAGAUGCUGCUGGAAAUACAGACACAUGUAUUUUCUUUGUGAUCGUAACAGACAAUGAGAAUCCAGUCAUCAGAGGAUGCCCGACCGAUCAGAGUGUCAACACAGACCGUGGUAAUGCUACAGCUGUAGUAACCUACACUGCACCUACAGCAACAGAUAACUCUGGUAACAUGACCCUGACAUCCACCAACAAUCCUGGAGAUUCCUUUCCUAUUGGAAACAACACAGUGACCUACACAUCAACAGAUGCAGUAGGAAAUACAGACACAUGCACCUUUUAUAUAUCUGUGACUGACAAUGAGAAUCCAGUCAUCAGUGGAUGCCCAAGUGAUCAGAAUGUCAACACAGACAAUGGUAAUGCCACAGCUGUAGUAACCUGGAUGCGGCCAACAGCAUCAGAUAACUCUGGUAACCAGACACUGACAUCCUCCCACAAUCCUGGAGAUCCCUUUCCUAUUGGAAACACCACAGUGAAAUACACAUCAACAGAUGCUGCUGGAAAAACAGACACAUGUAUUUUCUUUGUGGUCGUUACAGAUGUGGAGCUUCCCACCGUCAGCCCUUGUCCCUCAGACAUCGUGGUACAGCAGGACAGUGGCACUAACAACGCCACCGUGGCCUUCAGCAACGUUACCAUCGCUGACAAUGAUGCGGUCAUCUACUCCAACUAUACCCACAACUCUGGGGACACCUUCCUGAUUGGUAGCACCCAGGUUACCAUCUAUGCUGAGGACGCGUCUGGGAAUAACAACACCUGUCAGUUUAUGGUCACUGUCCGAGACACCGAGGAUCCUGUAAUUGGCUGUCUGUCUGACAUCACAGUAAACUCGACAGCAGGACAGUCAAAUGCCAUAGUGAGCUGGACUCCCCCUAAUGCCACCGAUAACUCUGGGAGCUAUGAGCUGACCUUCAAUACAGCUGUUGGAGCAAGUUUUGAGAUUGGCAGUUUUGAAGUGAUUUACAUAGCGUCAGAUGACGCAGGCAACACUGACAGAUGUACAUUCUUUGUCAAUGUGGAAGAUCCUGAGGACCCAGUGUUCACUUUCUGUCCAACCAAUCAAGAGGUCUUUGCUUUUAACAAUGUGAGCGUUGAGUGGCUGACACCAGCAGUGACGGAUAACUCUGUUGGGCCCAUCACUUUAACAUCUAAUUAUGCCAACGGCACCGAAUUUGCAGUAGGCAACUAUACAGUCACAUACACAGCAACUGAUCCAUCCUCUAACUCUGCAACAUGUUCCUUCAUAGUUCAAGUUUAUGCAAAUGAUUCAGUGAUACCAUUGGUCAUGUGCCCCAGCGAUAUCAUGGUAGACACCUUCAGUGGUGUGGACUACCGAAAUGUAAGCUGGGGAGCUCUGACAUAUUCUGACAACAUGGAGGUGGUGUCUGUGGAGUCAAACUAUCUCAACGACAGCUCUCCGUUUUACCUCGGUACCACGGUGGUCAUGUAUAACGUGACCGACCGAGCUGGCAACACUGCUUCCUGCGACUUUUCAGUGACUGUGCAAGACAACGAAGACCCUGCUCUGUUGAACUGUCCUUCAGACAUCUCCCAACCUGCUGACACUGGACUGUCCGAUACCGCAGUCAACUGGACCGCAGCCAAUGCCACUGAUAAUUCUGGCUCCGUUUCUCUCAGUGUCGAUAUGGCAUCAGGGACAAGAUUUCCCAUUGGCACCACCCUGGUCACAUACACAGCAAAUGAUGGAGAUAAAAAUAUGGCCACAUGCUCCUUUAAUGUCACAGUCACAGAUGAUCAAGCCCCUACGUUCAUGACCUGUCCAAGUAACAUUACUGUGGGUACCGAUGCGAAUGAGAACACUGCAAACGUAACGUUGAACGCUGUCUAUUUCAUUGAUAACUCUGGAAGUGUGAACGUGUCUAAGACCCACACCUCUGGGGACACCUUCCCACUAGGCACGACCAAUGUCAUCAUCACAGCCACGGACCCGUCUGGGAAUGAGGCAUUGUGUCAGUACAGUGUAUCUGUCUAUGAUGAUGAGGCUCCCAUGUACGAUGUUUGCCCGUCGGACAUGAGUGUGUUUGCUGAUGCCGGAUCUACAAACGCCACGGUCAACAUCACAAAUAUCAACUUCAGUGACAAUGCGACGCCUCCCACUCGCCUAACUCUGAACACCAGCCAUCAACCCCGGCCCGUGCUAGAUAUUGGACCGCACAUCAUCAAUUCUACGGCGACCGAUAGUGCAGGGCUUGUAGGAUACUGCACAUAUACUGUCACUGUCAUAGAUAACCAAGCUCCCAACAUCACUUGCCCGGCCAACAUUGUGAAUGUAACCGACCCAGGUCUGGCCGUAGGCUCAGUGUCCUGGUCAGAUGCUGUUGCCAGAGACAAUACUGGAUCUCUAUCAGUUUCUCCAGACAUUGCCAGUGGUUCCAACUUCACUGUUGGCGUGACAACAGUUACUUACAACACUACCGAUCCAUCAGGGAACCCAGCCACAUGCUCUUUCACCGUCACAAUCUCAGACAUGGAGAUUCCUGUCAUCAGCAACUGCCCAGCCGACAUCAAUGUGACGACGGAUGCCGGCAGUGAUGCCAAGAGCAACGUGAUGUGGACAGAACCAACUGCAACAGACAACACAAUAACCGUGGCCCUGUCUGGGUCCGAUAAUCCGGGCAUGUCGUUUAUCCUCGGGGAACAUCAAGUGACCUAUACCGCUGCUGAUCAGUUCAACAAUGAGGACACCUGUGUUUUCACUAUUAGAGUUACAGAUGUGGAGGACCCAGUAUUGACCAAUGUACCGCCCAGCGUAAACGUCUCCACCGAUCCGGGCCAGGCAGGUGCCAUCGUCUCACCGUCGCCUGCCACCGCCACGGACAAUUCAGGGGCCGUCAUGAUAUCAUCGACGGCUCCCGCCGAUUCAUUCUUUCCUAUUGGUGCAACCACUGUGGUCGUCACUGCAAUGGAUGCCUCUGGGAACCAGGUCAAUGCCACCUAUGUGGUGACUGUUCAAGACGAUGAAGCCCCAACAUUUGAUCAGUGUCCUGUGAACCUACAAGUAGCUGCAGAUCCAGGAUCAACGAACACUACAGUAAACUGGACUGCCCCAGUCUUCAUGGACAACUCUGGUAAUGUCACCAUCACUGAGAACUACGUUCCCCCGACUGUUCUCGAUCUUGGAUCUUAUGUUGUCAUGUACAAUGCAUCAGAUGCUGCAGGAAAUACCAUCGCUUGCAUGUUCACUGUUACUGUAGUGGACGAAGAAGCUGCAAACAUUACCUGUCCAUCGGACAUGAGCGUCUCCAUCCCUCCUGACCGUUCCUACGCGGUCGCCAAUUGGUCCGAUGCUGUGGCUGUGGAUAACACAGGGCCACUGAACGUCACCUCGGACAUUGCCAGUGGCUCCAACUUCACCCUUGGCAUGGCAACGGUCACAUACACUACCCAAGAUGCUGCUGGAAACCCUGCAUCCUGCUCGUUUGUAGUGAAUGUCACUGACAACAUUAGUCCAGUCUUUGACUCCUGCCCCAGCAACCCGACCUACGCGACACCGCCAGGGCAGGCUACCAGGGCGGUGGAAUGGUUCGUGUCUGUGACGGACAACUCUGGUUGGGUAUCCAUCACAAGCACACACAACGUCAACGAAUCCUUCCCCGUCGGCAUGACUGAAGUCACCUACCAGGCGGUGGAUGCCAGCGGCAACAGCGCCACGUGUGUCUUUAGCAUCACCAUAAAUGAUCAAGAGCCCCCCAUGUUCCUCUACUGCCCAAGCUCUCUGUCACCAAUCCUGGAUUCUGGCAACUCCACCGAGAUGGUCACCUGGUCAGACCCAGUGGUCAGUGACAAUACAGUGAACUACAUGCUCACGUCCAACUAUAAUCCAGGAGAUAUGUUUGCUCUGGGGUCUACGGUGGUGGAGUAUGUAGCAGUUGAUGACUCUGGCAACAAUGCAACUUGUACCUUCACAGUCUCCGUCCGCGACCUGGAGGAUCCCGUCUUUACCGUCUGCAACACAUCGGACGUCGUGCAGAAUACAGAUAAUGGCAUGCCGAACACGUCCGUCAGCUGGUCUGAACCUACAGCCACAGACAAUACAGACAACGUCACCGUGACUGGAGACUACUCUCCAGGGGCUGUUUUCACCAUCGGUACAACCUUGGUGACUUACACCACGGUGGAUUCCUCCAGUAAUAUGGCCAUGUGCUCCUUCAAUGUGAUUGUCAUCGAUGCUGAGCUUCCAGACAUCCAGAACUGUCCUGCGAACCUGACCGUGUCCACCGACCUGGGCUCCAACCAGGCCACCAACGUGACGUGGACCGAGCCCUCCGCCUCCGAUAACUCCGGUUCAGUUGGCUUUGUGGGCUCCAAGAAUUCAGGCGCUAUGUUCCCCUUUGGCUCCUCCCCUGUGUAUUACAUGGCGGUAGACGCCUCAGGAAAUGAAGCAGAGUGCAGUUUCUACGUAUCAGUUGAAGACAACGAGGAUCCAAUGAUAACCUGCCCAUUCUCCAUCUCUUCUGGAACCACACCUUCCCUGAACACCUCCGUGGUGUGGUGGACGGUGCCAACAGCCACCGACAACACCGGUGUUGCUUCAGUGGUGUCCGAUUACACCCCGGGACAGAUGUUCCCCGUUGGAAACACGCUGGUCACCUACAACGCCACCGACUUGGGUGGAAAUGUUGCCGUGUGCUCCUUCUAUGUCAAUGUCACAGAUGAUAUGAUACCAUCAGUGCUCACCUGCCCAAUCGAUUUCAGCCAAACGGCCGAUAACGGACUCACCAACACCACCGUGACAUGGGCUGUUCCAACAUUCAGCGACAAUGACGGCAAUGUGAUGGUGUCUGCAAACUACAAAUCACCAUCUGUCCUGUCCAUUGGAGUCUGGACCGUCAUGUACAAUGCAACAGAUCUGUCUGGCAAUGUGGCACAGUGCGUGUUUGUGAUAACAGUGACAGACGACGAAGCCCCUACCAUCACUUGCCCAACCGACAUUGUGAAUGUAAGUGAUCCUGGUCUGGAUGUAGCCUCAGUGUCCUGGGCGGAUGCUGUAGCCACAGACAAUACUGGAAAUCUAAGGGUCUCUUCAGACAUCGUCAGUGGUUCUAACUUCACUGUUGGUCUCACAACUGUUACAUACUCUACUACCGACCCAUCAGGGAACCCAGCCUCUUGCUCUUUCACCGUCGAGAUCUCGGACGAGGAACUGCCCAGCAUUUCAGGCUGUCCCAGCAACAUCACCCAGUCAGCCGACCCUGGAUCAGUGACAACAAGUGUGAACUGGACCGUGCCAGUCUUCACUGACAAUGCAGGGUUUGUCUCUGUGGUGGAUUCACACCAACCCCUGAAUAUCUUCUACGUUGGGACCGCAGAGGUGUCCUAUACAGGAGUAGACCCUCAGGGAAAUGAGGACUCCUGUAUCUUCCAGGUCACAGUUGUAGACAUGGAGCUUCCUGUCUUCAUCAACUGCCCGUCCAACAUGAGUGUUACCACGGACCCUGAAACUGCUUUGGCCGAAGUCAGCUGGCCGACGGUACUGGCUACCGAUAAUGCAGGUACCCCUCUCAUCACCACUGACUUCUCGGGAUCCAAUUUCUCCAUCGGAGUUCAGACUGUGUCUUACAAUGCAACGGAUGAUGCAGGAAACAUAGCCCAGUGCACGUUUGAUAUCACAGUCACAGAUGAUCAGCCUCCUACCUACGUUGGCUGUCCUUCUGACAUCACUGUAGCUGCAGAUGUCGGUUCGGUCAAUGCCAGGGUUAAAUGGACAGUGCCUUCAGCCAUGGACAACGUCGAUACAUCAGCCCUUCAGCUAUACGCCAACUAUGAACCUCCAACUGUGCUAGCCGUUGGAUCAUACAUAGUCAACUACACUGCUGUGGAUGUUGAUGGACUCGUUGGAGAAUGUGUUUUUACAGUCACAGUCACUGAUGGCGAAGCUCCGGUCAUCACUUGCCCGGCCAACAUUGUGAAUGUAACCGACCCAGGUCUGGCCGUAGCCUCAGUGUCCUGGUCAGAUGCUGUAGCAGCAGACAACACUGGAUCUCUAUCAGUUUCUUCCGACAUUGUCAGUGGCUCCAACUUCACUGUUGGCGUGACAACGGUUACUUACAACACUACCGAUCCAUCAGGGAACCCAUCCACAUGCUCUUUCACUGUUACAAUCUCGGACGAGGAGAAGCCUAUGCUGUUGAACUGUCCGUCGGACAUCACCUACAACAUCACAGACUCCAGCACACAGGCCAACGUGACCUGGCCAGCCCCAAUGAUCUCGGACAACACGGACAUGGUCAUCACGGUCAUCUCCACCCAUCCAGGCUCCCUCUUCAACUUUGGUGACACAACUGUUGUUUACACUGUGCAGGACCUGUCUGGCAACUCUAUCUCCUGCUCAUUUGUAGUGUCUGUUGACGAUAUGACACCUCCAGUGAUUGAGGGCUGUCCAUCCAGUAUCAACACAACAACGGAUGCAGCUUCUCCUACAGCCAUGGUAACCUUCCAAUCCCCUAACAUCACCGACAAUCAAGGUACACCUACGGUUAUGCUGAACAAACAGUCUGGCUCUGAAUUCCCAGUGGGGGAUACGGUCAUCACAUACACUGCAACUGACACCUUCGGCAAUGUGGUUCCUGCAGCUUUACUGUAACAGUAAAUGAUGAGGAAUCGCCCGUAUACGUGGGCUGUCCUUUCAACGUAAGUGUACCCACUGACAAUGGGACAGCUAGUGCUGUUGUCAACUGGACGGAGCCUGCCGUGUCGGAUAACACGGUAGCAGUGAUUUCAGCCCCUGAUAGCCCAUCAGGGAGCACCUUCAACCUGGGCGAUUCGCUGGUCACCUAUAUGGCACAGGACGCUUAUGGCAAUGCAGCUACCUGCCUUAUCAAUAUCAAUGUUUAUGAUAACGAAACCCCAAGCCUG